AUGUCGUCCUACGGCACCCGCAGGAACUCGGCUAUCCAGUCGCCCCAGGUCGCGGCGUCGCCCCUGCCCAUCUCGGCCGCCGCGCCGUACUCGCCCCAGGUGUACGCUGCCGCCGGUUCGCCGCUCCUCGCCACCAGCCUUGGCAAGCAGAAGCGGCCCGUCAUGGCCCCGGCCAAGAGCGGCGCCCGCCGCCUGUCGACCUCGACCCAGGCCCAGCUCCGCCCGGGCGCCCUCUCCCAGUCGGUCCCGGCGAGCCUCAUCAGCGCCGGCAGUCGCGCGAGGAGCUCGUCCGUGUCGCAGGGCCAGGGCCUCGCGCACGCCCACGCCCACAGCCACGCCGGCGACGAGCUCGUCGACGGCAACAUGCUCGACCACGCCGUGCCGGCAAAGGGCAAGCGCAAGGACAAGGGCCAGACGUACGAGUGCGAGAAGUGCAGCAAGGUGUACCGCCACUCGACCUGCUUGACCAAGCACCGCUGGGAGCACACCGAGCACUGGAAGGAGGCGAGCAAGCUCCUCCUCAGCAAGCACCAGCAGGUCCAGCUCCUCGAGGGCGCCGCCAUCCUCGCCGCAGCGUCGGCCGGCAGCUCGCUCCCCGACGAGAAGUCGUUCUGGCCUGCUGCCGUGUCGCCGCCGACAUCGGGCCUCCUCGGCGCCGCGCAGGGCAUCCACUCGUUGUCGUUCGGCUCGCCUCGGUGGGGCCCGUCGUCGCUCAUCUCGGACGUCGGCGACUACGACCGCUCCGAGCUCGACGACAUCGAGUCGGACGACGAGGACGACAUGUCGCCCGAGCCGCGUUCGGGUUCGGCCGAGGAGGACCAGGAGAUGGAGAACGGCAUGUUCGAGCUCGACCUCGAGGGCUCGGGCGAGCUCCCGCCGCCGUCGCCGCUCCCGAUCCAGCACGCGCGCCUCAUCAGCGGCGUCCGUGGCUCGCCCUCGGCCGGCAGCGACUCGUCGUCGUCGCGCGCGUCGUCGACGACCCGGCCCGGCAUGCGCUCGUCCGACAGCGGGUUCGGAUCGGUCGGCCGCGGCAACAACCUGUUCAAGGUGGCCGCCCAGCUGUCGGGCGCGGCGGGCGUCGCCCUCGCCGGCAACUCGCUCGGCGUCACGGGCGCGACGCCGCCGACGUCGCUCCUCGCGUCGCAGCAGCAGCAGCACCUGCACCCGCACCAGCACCAGCACAACCAGGCGGCGCACGCCGUCCAGGGCUUCUUCGUCCUCGACCAGCAGCAGCAGCAGCAGCAGCAGUGACCGUCGUCGACUCGCCGUCCGUCCCCUCUCUCUCGUCAGCCCCGUCGCCUCGGUUUUUCCAGGUUCGCCCGCCGGAAGUUCGGAAUCCCCCCUUCUCUGCCCCCUCGGCAGGCCCACUACCCCUCGCCCCUCUCUCGCCCUUGUACACUCGUCU